AUGAAGUCUUUGUGUUUCUUUGCCACUUUGAUGACUGUAGCCGUCGCUUUACCGGCGAGAGAUUCACUAGAGAUCAAAAAGCGAAUUCUUGGUUUACUAGGUGGACAAGAUGAGGGUGGGCUUGUUGGUGGUCUUUUAGGAGGAGAAGGUGGACUUGUUGGUGGCCUUUUAGGAGGAGAAGGUGGACUUGUUGGUGGCCUUUUAGGAGGAGAAGACGGUGGACUUCUAGGUGGCAUUUUAGGUGGAGAAGGUGGACUUCUAGGUGGCAUUUUAGGUGGAGAAGAAGGUGGACUUCUUGGUGGUAUUCUUGGCGAAAAAGGAAUUAUCGGUGGUAUUAUAAAAACAGCAACUGAUCUGGCUUCAAAAUUACUGGAUACAAUUCUUGGCCUUCUUGGUAGCCUUACACAAGGUUUGGAAGGGAAGACAACUGAACCGGAGAUAUAUGCCGUAUUUAGGCAACACAAGAUCGGGGAAUUGUGCCCCCUGUGUGACAAUCUUCCCAAGCGUGAACUGGUAUCUGCUUGUAAAAAAUUCUGCGCUGAGCAGAACUGGAGAGCUCAGUAA